AUGGUGGCUCUCAACCCCUUGUUAUUAUUCGGGCUUGCUGGCUUCUCCGGCUUCAACGUCGACAAGCUCAUCUCCUUUGACGGCGAGGCCGGCCAGGCCAUUGACACCGCUGAAUGGAAUGUCAUAACCAACGUCCGCUACAACAACGAAGUCCAAGACUACACCACCUCCACCGAUAACAUGCACCACUCGGGCAACGGCACGCUCCUCGUCAUCCCCCUGCGCUCCGACUCGGGCCAAUGGACCUCGGGCCGCAUCGAGUCCACGGCGACGUACACGCCGCAGGACAAAAAGAUCACGCGGUUCCAGUCGCACCUCCGCUUCGGCGACAGCCCGCAGGACAAGCAGCAAGGCAUCUGGCCGGCCUUCUGGACGCUGGGGGGUUCGUCGCGCGAGGGGGUGCCCUGGCCCGAGUGCGGCGAGCUGGACAUCAUGGAGCGCAAGAACGGCGAGCCCACGGGCCAUGGCACGCCGCACUGCGGGCCGGGGGACAGUCCGUGUGGUGGGCUGACUAAGUCGGUCAAGCUGGCGGAUAAUGGCUGGCAUACGUGGGCGAUUGAGGUGGAUAGGACGGAUGGGGAUUGGAAGAAGCAGACGAUUCGCUGGUUGUUGGAUGAUAAGGAGUAUAAUAAGGUGAGUGGGGAGGAUAUGGAGAAGGAGGAGAUUUGGAAGUCGGUCGCGCACUCGCCGCAUUACUUUAUUUUGAAUGUGGCGGUGGGCGGAAACUGGCCUGGUCCCCCGAACGACAAGACGGCUGAUGGCUUGGACAAUGCGUUGGAGGUCAAGUACAUCGCUGUGGGCUCCAAGUAG